AUGUCCCGCGGGGCUUUCCCCGAGGUGCUGCCGGGCUGGAUGGCCCUGCUGCGAGCAGGGAACAAAAGCGCCGUCACCGACGUGAGCCCACAAAGGGAAACCCUGAGCGACACAACCCGGCGCAGGGGCGGAGGCGGCACCGGAACCGAGCGCCUGCACGGCCUCGAGUGCCAGCUCACCUCCCCGAGGGUGCUGCCCCGGCCCCCGGGCCCCUAUGCUUUGCUGGCAGAACUGGAGCAGAGCUCCCUCCAGGCCUCCAAGGACCCUGCGUGGCAGGGACCAAGCUCCUGCCAGGAUCCACCCGCCCCCCGUGGCUCUGAGCCUCCUGCCUUGGCACCCCCAAAGGCUCAGUCUCUGGGAAAGGAUUUGGAGACAGUGUACAGCAGCCCCACCCCGGUCCCACAGCCCCCACCCACGGCGGCCGCCCAGCAGCUGGAUGAGCUCCUGGCUGACCUGGGCCACAUGCAGAGCAAGCUGUCCAGGCAGGGAGCCGGGGUGCCCGCAGAGCCCUCCCUGGACAACAUGCUGGGCAGCCUGACCCGGGACCUGCAGGAGCUGGGCAUCACGGCCGCCCCCGCGGGGGUCUGCGCCGGCUGCCGCAAGCCCAUCGCCGGCAAGGUGCUCACAGCCCUGGGCAAAACCUGGCACCCCGAGCACUUCACCUGUGCCCGCUGCGGGCAGGGGCUGGACAGCCAGCCCUUCUUCGAGCAGGGCGGGCGGGCGUUCUGCGAGGAGGACUAUCACCAGGCCUUCUCCCCCCGCUGCGCCUACUGUGCCGGCACCAUCCGUGAGAAAGUCCUCACGGCCUUGGACCAGACCUGGCACCCCGAGCAUUUCUUCUGUGCCCACUGCGGGAAGGUCUUCGGGGACGAGGGGUUCCUGGAGCGGAACGGGAAGCCCUACUGCCACCAGGACUUCCUGGCCAUGUUCGCCCCCAAAUGCCAGGGCUGCGAGCGGCCGGUCACGGACAAUUACCUGUCGGCCCUGCAGGGCGUGUGGCACCCCGAGUGCUUCGUGUGCACGGAAUGCCUGAGCAGCUUCUCCGGCGGCUCCUUCUUCGAGCUGGAGGGUCGGCCCUACUGCGAGCUGCACUUCCACCGGCGGCAGGGCACCAUCUGCCAGGGCUGCGGCCGCCCCGUCACCGGGCGCUGCAUCACGGCCGCGGGGCGCAAGUACCACCCCGAGCACUUCGUCUGCACCUACUGCCUGGGCCGGCUGCAGAAAGGCACCUUCCGCGAGUGGGGAGACAAGAUGUACUGCCAGGCCUGCCACGACAAGCUCUUCCUCUGACCCCCAGUCUGGGUGCCCCCAAACUCCUCCUCUGACCCCCAGUCUGGGUGCCCCCAAACUCCUCCUCUGACCCCCAGCCUGCACAUCCCCAAACAAACUCCUCUGACCCCCAGCCUGGAUGUCCCCAAACUCCUCCUCUGACCCCCAGCCUCGGUGUCCCCAAGUUCCUCCUCUGAUCCCCAGCCUGGGUGUCUCCAAACUCCUCCUCUUGACCCCCAACCUGCAUGUCCCCAAACAAAAUCCUCCUCUGACUCCCAGUCCAGGUGUCCCCAGACUCCCCCUCUGACCCCCAGCCUGCGUGUCCCCAAACAAGCUCUUCCUCUGACUCCCAGUCUGGGUGCCCCCCAACUCUUCCUCUGACCCCCAGCCUGGUGUCUCCAAACUCCUCCUCUGACCCCCAGCCUGGGUGCCCCUUUAACAAACUCCUCUGACCCCCAGCCAGCAUGUCCCCAAAUAAGCUCUUCCUCUGUCCCCCAGCCUGGGUGUCUCCAAACUCCUCCUCUGACCCCCAGCCUGGUGUCUCCAAACUCCUCCUCUGACCCCCAGCCUGACUGCCCCCAAAUAAGCUCUUCCUCUGACCCCCAGCCUGGUGUCCCCAAACAAAAUCCUCCUCUGACCCCCAGCCUGCACGUCCCCAGCAUGGUCCCCAGCUAUCAACAACCCUGCCAUUGUCCCUGCUGAGCCCAACAUGCCUCCUAUUGUCCCACCCAUCCAUCUGUCCCCAGCCUUGCUGGUGCCAGGCAUUCCAGGCGCCAUUCCUUGCCCACAUUCCCGCAAGACAUUCCCGGCAUUGUUCCCUGCCAAGCCACACAUCCUGGGCAUUGCCCCCUGGACCCGAAGCAA